UCACAGGUUUGUUAUUUUAUGCAUAGUUGAGAUACACCAAGUGAGAAAACUUGUCUUUGACAAUAAUUACUAAAGUUGGCAAGUGCCCUUAAAGUACAAAGAACACGACAAUGAACUAUGUCCCUCAAGUGUGUACUGUUAAUGAGGUCAAAAGCCAGCUUUUAAAUGGCUUUAAAGACACUGGACACUAUUGGUAAUAAUCAAAGACCAGUCUUCUCACUUGGUGCAUCUCAACUACCUUUAAUAUAAUAAUAAUAAUUUGAAUGCACAGACUCGAGUAGCAUGCUUGAUAGGUCUUGAUGGGUCCGAUAAUCCAGUUACGAUAACGAUGUGAUAUCGCAGGUCCAGGAAACAUGACAAGUGCGACGAGGUCGACUCUUUGAUAAGCUGCUGGGGGUAAUCAAUUAUUUGACCUUAUGAAAAAGCGUAUAAUGAACCAUGCAACCUCUUUUCGGUAAUGACUACAGAAUUAAUCUAAACGAUAGUUGGUUAUGCCAUCAACACUUCGACUGUACACGUCUUGUCUCCAUGCGUGACUCUUGUUACUUACUUCAUACUAAGCCUUCCUUCCUACAGUUAAGUUUUUGCGAGCCAUUAUGGAUUUUCUAGCUGGUAUGAUAUUGAAAGGCAUAGUUGCCAUCGCAUGCAUUGUGGUUGGCGUACUGUAUGGACAUUGGUACAAGAGACACCUCGCCAAUCGUAGGUAUUGCACAAGCGAUCCGGUUCUUAAAGGGAAGACAGUAUUAAUCACAGGGUCCGACUCCGGUAUCGGUCGGGUGACGGCAUUGGAUUUGGCCCAGCGAGGAGCUCGGGUCAUCCUCGCCUGUCUCAAUCUACAGAAGGCCGAAGACGUAGCGAAGGACAUCAAGAGUAGUACGGGUAACUCGGAUGUUGUGGUCCGUCAUCUCGAUCUGUCCAGCUUGCAGUCGGUCAGAGAGUUCGCCCAACAGAUCAUUGAAACUGAAGACAGGCUAGAUAUACUAAUAAAUAAUGCAGGUGUUGCCUAUGUCCCUCCCGGGACCGUCACACGGGAUAACUUUGACUACGUCUUCGGCACCAACCACUUCGGUCACUUCCUCCUCACAAACCUUCUCCUUGAUCUACUUAAAAAGAGCGCCCUCAAACGAGUCAUCGUGGUGUCGUCCUGUUUCCACACAGUAUCGCCAAAGCCGAAUAUGACUCGGGAAGACUCGGCCGUUGGAAAUUUCCUGUAUCCGCACUUGCGGGAAUACGCGAUAAGUAAGCUUGCGAACACACUCUUCGCCCGGGAGUUGGCAAGGCGAGAGGCAUCUAGCGGGUUUGUUUCUGUCUCCCUUCACCCCGGGGUUAUUUUAUCACCGCUAUGGAAAAGCAGCUUUUCAAGUGGGUCAAUAUCAAGAAUGGUGUACUAUGCCCUGUUUCCGUUCAUGCGGGCUCUGCUCAUCGACGAGACGGCUGGAGCGCAGACUACGCUCCAUUGCGCUCUGGAUGAAUCGGUGGCCAAACUCUCUGGGAAGUACUUUGAUAACUGCGCGGAGUAUGAACCGUCGCCAUUCGCUCAAGACGACGAGCUCGCUAAGGAGUUAUGGACAGUCAGUUGUGAAGCUACUGGUCUCAAAUAUUGA